UGGGAACACUCCUCAGUAAAUAGUUUUGUUUUGUAUUGUAGAUUGAUAGGUAAUUAUUGUACAUUACAAGAUUACAAUACAUUGAAAAGUGACUAAAAAUAACAAGAGGAGUGUGAAAAAACAUUGCGAAAGAAAAACUAAAAUUGAAUUUGAGGAAUAUGUCAUCUCCGCCCCCAACAAAACCUCCCAGAGGUGUAAAGCAAGGAAAAGAAACGAGUGGGCUGCUUAUGUCAGUGAUUCGAACACUAUCGGCCAGUGAAACAAAUGAGCAGAGGGAGAAAGAAAGAGCUAAACUUGAGAAAGAAUACAAGAAAAGUGAUGCUCGAUUGGAUGAGUUGGUUGCUACUCAUGCACAGGAAAUUAUGGAGGUCAUGCAGAAAUUCAGCAGUGUUGGUGCUGCUUUGACAGUGUGGGGCCAACAUUGCGAUGCUGCAGUCGCACGUUUAGCCGCGUGCCGCGGUCUACUACGGCUGAGAAGGGAUGACCUUCGCCGUCUUUGGGCUGAUGCUAGAACGCAUCAUUAUGCACUACAAAUGUUGACAGAUAUUGAACGAGUCGUGGUUUCCGAGCGAGAAACCCGCGAGCUCAUCUCAUCAGGCCGUGUUUUGGCCGCAGCUCAUACUUUGAGAGAGGCCCUUGCUACUGCCGACACUACCCUGUCACAUGUAGACGCUCUUAAGACUACACGGCAACAUUUGGAGGGCAAGAAAUGCGAGUUAGUCGAAGUAAUAGUUCGUCGACUAAGCGAGGCUGUUUAUCGUGACGACCGCGCGCCGCUGUCUCGACGGCUUUCUGCUCGACGUCGCACCGCUCUAUUGCUGGCUGAAUUAACAAAAAGUGAAGAGGUGACGGACGCAUAUCUACAAGAUAUUACACCGGAAUUCGAGGCUUCACUUUCUGAAGAAGACAAAACAUUUGAGAGUACCGUCAUGAUAUCUUUGGAGGCUUUGGGUGUCCUUGAACAACUGAAAGAAGCUACCGAGAAAUUCAAAGUCCAAAUUCAAACGGAGCUGCUAGAGGUAAUCGAAUCAGUGUCCCGUCGCAUCAUAGACGAAGGCGACAUAGAAGCGGACGUGGAGUGCGAAGAGGACGGUGAGAUACAAGACGGCGAUUGUGUGACAGAGACGGGGCGACCGCUAGCGAAGCUUGUGACGACAUUGGGUGAAGAGUUUAGGGCUUGUGCCGCGAGAAAUAGGAGACUUCUUCAACUGUGGCGGGCGGCGUUACAACGUUACAAAAUAUCUGAUUCGUGUCUGCAUACAGAACAACAUUAUUGGAGCGCGGUGCAACAAGUUUUCCAACUGUUACUGACUGAAUACUUGGAGAUUGAGAGUGUUAACCUCGCCGCUCAGAGGUCAAGCGGCACCGCGACUGAAGUCGUGGCAACUGAUCUGCGUAUAACCGACUAUUUCGCUAAGAAACGCCCUCAGAGAAGGAGGACCAAGCUUUUUAAACUUACUGCGCCGGUAGCGGGAAGCCCUAGGUCUGUGGCGCGCCGCCCCCGCGCGGCGGUAUGUCGCCCCGACCCCGCACAUUUACAUGCCGUUCUGCCAGCGUUACAUGCUCUCUGUGCGCAUAUUGAACCACUCACCGGAGGCGGAGAAUGUUCUCUGCGAGCUUUCAUCACGGACUACGUCCGUUGGGGGGAGAGCUCCCGAUUGGCGACAACUGCCCGCAACUCCAUUGACGAGGCCAUGCGAGCGCCCGGGGCGUGGCGGGAGCGACAGCCGCCGGCGCAGACCGUACGGACAAAGAUGGGCGAGCGCCACCGCAUGAUAUUCACGUGUUGCGGCGACGCGUGGCGCGCUGUUGCGGACGCUGCGGCCGCGGCGGCGCGCUGCGGGAGCUGCGGCGGCGCAGACGCGCUCAAGGCCACCACUAGUGCGCUAGCGGCGCUGGCGACGCAAUGCCGCGCGGCGCACGCGCGCCUGUCGCCCGCGCACCCGCCGCACCCGUCGCGCGCCGCGCGCUGGCUGGCGGACGACGACAUAGUGCGCUUCCUGCAGUCUCUGCCCAAUUGGAGAGUCGCUAUAUCGCAGAAUGGGCCUACGGCGAAACAUGAUGCACAGGAACUACGUGAAGCAUACGAGCGUGAAGCAGAAACAUUAGUGUCGACAUUGGGCGACGGUGCUGUAACAAGAAGAGAAGUGAUCACUGAUGUCAACGCUUUGGCAGACCUUGCUUUACUUUGCGAAACCAUGGACUGGCUAUGUACCAACAUAAGGUCUUUACCGGCGUUGUUGAACGCACCGACUUCAACAGGCGGCAGUUCCGUCAAACUGACUGACAAAUUCAUGAACGAUAUCACCUCGGCCGCUAUGAUCUUUGAAGAGAUAUCUCAUAAGUGCCUCUUGUUCCUACAUUUGGAGAUGAGAAUUCAAUGCGUUUACCACCUAGGGCAAGAGGAGCGCGAUUCGUCCAACUCUCAGUCCACGGGCGGCGACGGCGACGGCGACGCGGCCAGGCUUGCGCAGGCGCUGCUCGCCUUCCACGAGCGAGCCGCGCCGCUCAUCAAAAAUUCUACCAAAGCUUACAUAAUGGGUGGCGUGGGGGAAAUGAUGUCCGCGGCGGUGGUGUGGCGCUGGCAGGGGGAGGGGCACUCGGGCGCGGCGACGGGCGCGCGGCUGGCCACGCUGCGGCACUGCCUGGCCGCGCUGCGCCUGCCGCACGACGGGCUGCACCGCGCGCACACCUACCUGCACCUGCUCACUUGCACUCCGGAGGAAAUAAUAACGUCUAUACGCGAGAAAGGCGCUCAGUUCUCAGAAUUGCAGUAUUUGAACGCCUUCAAAGUGAUUGGUACGCAACAACGGUUGUCCCCGGCGGAUAUGCGCGCGCUACAAAACCAGCUAUCUACGGCUUUGGGUCACGUCGGAGUCACAGUUUAAAGACUGAGAUUAAAAGAAAAAAAAAAAUUGAAACGACAUGUUUGAAAUCCAAUUAUAUUGUUGUAAGUCCCAGUUUUAAAAUGGCAAUCAACGAAGG